AUGGCAAAAGCUCGGCAUUUACAGCAAGAAAUUGACAAAAAGCUUAAAAGCGUAGAAGAAGGCGUCGAAAUUUUCAACUCCACUCUCAAAAAAAUUCAAUCCGCAGUAAAUCAAACUCAAAAAGAGCGAUAUGAAUCAGAAUUGAAAAAAGAAAUCAAAAAACUCCAAAGGGUACGUGAAAGUUUGCGAGCGUAUCAGACAAAUCCAGAAAUCAGAGAUUAGAUUAGAUUAAGCCGUUUGCCUUACAGGGCCGGGGAUUCGCACCCCUACACGCUCAUCGCCCCUGAGGAGCCUCGGCGGACACCCUCCUUGUUGCCUCAAACAAGGGAUUCGCACAACCAGUCUUGACUUCCAUGGCUUCUGGAGUCUAAGGGCCAACCACCUGGAUCGAAACUCCCAGUUUCUCGUUGGGCAAAUACCGUCUUCAGGGUCUGAGGGUCAUAUUGCCCUCAAAACAUUGGUCGACCUUGCCCUUUCCAAUGGUUGUCCUGGAGGAAAAACUUCAAGUCCGAGAAUUAGCUCCUCGGGCUCGAAGAAAACCCAGCCCGACUAUGCAUAAAGGAUUACCGGCCCCUUUCCACCUAAAUCUCUGACACUGGGCCGUUGCCUGCUGAUGUUGAAGAAAUAGGGUCGAGAGGUCAGGUGGUCUGUCGUCACCAUUUUUAUGUAUAGAAAUCAGAGAUAAAAACCAGAUAACAGAUGCUAGGAAAACUAUAGAAGACCUUAUGGCGACUUUUAAAAAUUGCGAAAGAGAAAAUAAGACUAAAGCAUUUUCUAAAACUGGAUUAUCUGCUGCUCCUAAAGUAGAUCCAAGAGAAGAAGAGAGGGAGUCUGCAAGAGAAUGAAUAAAAUCAGUUUUAUAUAAAAUGGUUAGUUAUUAAUUUCAAAAAAACACUAUUUUAAUUAUAGAAAACUAAUUUAAUUAAGACAAUAUAAUAAGGAACUUAAUUUAAAAAUCAAUUUUUUUAUGACAAUAAAAAUAUAGCUUAAUUAAUUAAAAUAAUAAAAUCAGCACUUCAGCAACUUCAGGAGAGCAUAACUUCUAUAGAACUUGAGCUAGAUUCUUUUAAAAUCGCAAAAGGCAGAAAACCUGAUUCAAGCAGAAUUGAAGAAUUAUCAAAUCAUCUGCAGGCAUAUAGGUUCCAUUAUAGCAAGCUUGAAUUUGUACUAAGAGCGCUUGAAAAUGAUCAGCUGCCUAUGCACAAACUAUGAGAAUUGAAAGAUUUAUUUGAAGUUUUUAUUGAAAAUAUCAAUGAUAAAACCUAUGAUACCGAAAUGGAACAGAUAUAUGCUGAACUUGAAAUUGUUGGAGCUCCUGUGUCGCCAGCGCCCCAGAUAAUUGAAGAAGAGCCACAUGAAGCUCAGAAAAAACAGGCGCCACCUAAAAAGAUUGAGCCAAAGGUGAUGCCUCCACUUGUAAAGCAAGACUCAAAGCCACAAGAAUUACCUAACUUCCCUUAUAAUUUUUUUUUUCUAUUUAUAAAUAUUUUCUAUAUAUUUUUUUAAUAUAAAAAUAUUUUUUUCACUAUUUUUUAUUCAUAAAUAGUAAGAUUUCAGUAUGAAAUUCCAAAGACGCUUUACAAAAAAUAGCAGGCGACCAAAUCGAUAAAAUCCAAGAAACAAAAGAAGAGGAGCCAGAAGAAGCAAUAGAAACAGUACUUAAAAAUUAGGACACAUUUGACUACAAAGAUAUGGAAACCACAAAACGAGCUUUGCAAAAUGCAUUUAACUUCCAAAUUCGACCAGAAGACCGAACGCGAUCUAAGCUAGAAAUUGUAAAAUCUUCAUACCAAGGACAUCCCAGCUAUCCUAAAAGGCCUUUAUUUACGCAUCCUUCUCAGUAUAAAAAAUUAGAAGUGGAUUCUUUAUUCUUUAUUUUUUACCAUCAGCCAGGGACUUAUCAGCAGUUUUUGGCAGCAAAAGAGCUGAAAUCUAAAGAUUGGAUCUAUCAUAAGCGAUUUCAGACUUGGUUCCAGAGGUGUGGGGAGCCGAAAUUAGUGACAGAAGACCGAGAAAAAGGGAUGUAUACAUAUUUCGACUUCGAAAAUAGCUGGUCGCAGAAGAAAAAAGCUGAUUUCGAGUUUGAGUAUGCAAAUUUAGAAAAUGAGCUCCACUCUUAA